AUGUUGUUUUUCAAAUGGUCAUUGUUGGUGACUUUGUUUGCUGCUGUUACCACUGCUACACCCAUCGAAAAGAGACAUGUCAAGUACAUUGCCUAUCCACUUGAGCAAGUUGAACAUUCAUCUCUUGCAAAAAGAUAUGAACUGGAAGAUUUUUAUGGUUAUCAAGAAGGGACCACCAGAUAUCUCACAAAAUUAAAAGUUGGAUCCACCAAACAAGAAGUCGAAGUUUUCAUCGAUACUGGUAGCUGGGCAUUGAACUUCCCCCAAGUUGGCGGUGGAUGCAAUUCUGCUAAGCGGGAAUGUGCGGCUGAUGUAUCUUUCGACCCCACUGAGUCCACCACCUUCAAAAACCUUAGCAAAUUCAGCAAGAUUGAGUACGGUGAGGGUAACGCACUUGGACGCGUCACCGGGUUCAAGCUGACCGAUGAUUUCUAUUUUGAUAAUGGAGACAAGCUUCCAAAUUUCGAGUUUACUUUGGUCAAUGAAACUAUUUACACUGCAGGCAUUUUUGGAAUCGGACCAAAUAAAAACUCCAAUGUUUCCUACGCCCAAGCCGCUAAGAAAGCGGGGUACAUCAACCAAGCUGGAUUUUCGCUUUAUGCAAGUCCUGGAGGUCAAGGAACAUUCCUUUUAGGUGGGGUGGACAAAGCAAAGAUUGAAGGAGAGUUGGCAAUUUAUAAAAGCACGUUGUCUGUUCCUGCUAUAUCUGUCACUUCGGCCAACGGUACUGUUUUGAAGUUCCCCAGUAAUUUAGCUUUAGAUACCGGUAAUCCAGGCAUUGGAUUAGAUCCAGAAAUCCAUGACGAAAUUUUGAAUGAGGUUAAGGAUGAGAAUGGCAAGAUUUCGUGUGAUAAAGCCUUGAGUGGAAAUAAGAAACUCCAAUUCGAUUUCGGACAGGGAGUCUUGAUUGACGUGCCAUACUCAGAUGUUUUUUAUUGGAACGAUAAGCACACUGGCUGCAAUACACGUAUUGCAUCAACAAGGCGUCAUGGAGUAACUCAAAAUGUGGGUAUUCCACUCAUUAAGAAUCUUUAUCUUACCAAUAACUUUGAAACAGGAAAGCUUGGUGUGGGCAAAGUGAAGCACACCGAUGAGAGUGACAUUGUCGACUUCUGGUUUUAA